UCCGGGUACCCGGAGCGUAAUCUCCGCGCUCCAGGAAGUGGCCCGGCGGCGGCGCGCCCGGCUCGGGCAGUGCUCGCUCCUACUUGGGGCGCUGCUAAGGCGCCCGAGCCUGGGCGUCGCCAUGACCAGCGAGCUGGAUAUCUUCGUGGGAAACACGACCCUCAUUGACGAGGAUGUGUAUCGCCUUUGGCUAGAUGGCUACUCGGUGAGUGAUGCGGUGGCCUUGCGGGUGCGCUCUGGGAUCCUGGAGCAGACAGGCGCCACCGCGGCGGUGCUGCAGAGCGACACCAUGGACCACUACCGCACCUUCCACAUGCUUGAGCGCCUCUUACACGCGCCGCCCAAGCUUCUCCACCAGCUCAUCUUCCAGAUCCCGCCCUCCCGGCAGGCGCUGCUCAUCGAAAGGUACUAUACCUUUGACGAGGCCUUUGUGCGGGAGGUACUGGGCAAGAAGCUGUCUAAAGGCACCAAGAAAGAUCUGGAUGACAUCAGCACCAAAACAGGCAUCACCCUCAAGAGCUGUCGAAGACAGUUCGACAACUUUAAGCGAGUUUUCAAAGUGGUGGAGGAAAUGCGUGGCUCCCUGGUUGACAACAUCCAGCAACACUUCCUCCUCUCUGAUCGACUGGCCAGGGACUACGCAGCCAUUGUCUUCUUUGCCAAUAACCGCUUUGAGACUGGGAAAAAGAAACUACAGUAUCUGAGCUUCGGCGACUUCGCCUUCUGUGCUGAACUUAUGAUCUGGAAUUGGACUCAGGGAGCCAUCGACUCCCAGGUAGAUGACAUGUUUAUGGACCUAGACAAGGAGUUUCUUCAGGACUUGAAAGAGCUCAAGGUGCUAGUGGCCGACAAGGACCUUCUGGACCUGCAUAAGAGCCUUGUGUGCACCGCCCUCAGGGGAAAGCUUGGCGUCUUCUCUGAAAUGGAAGCCAACUUCAAGAACCUGUCCCGGGGGCUGGUGAACGUGGCUGCCAAGCUGACCCACAAUAAGGAUGUUCGAGAUCUGUUUGUGGACCUGGUGGAGAAGUUUGUGGAACCCUGCCGCUCUGACCACUGGCCACUGAGUGAUGUUCGACUCUUCCUGUGUCAGUAUUCGGGGUCCGUCCACUCCUUAGAUGGCUUCAGGUACCAGGCCCUCUGGGACCGCUACAUGGGCACCCUCCGCGGCUGCCUCUUGCGCCUAUACCACGACUGAGGCCCCUCCCUUCACCAGCUCCCCCAGUGACAAUAAAGCUGCCAUGAGUUUGGA